CUAUAAACUGUGAGCUUUUCCCCCAAGAAAUUUCCAUAUUCUGGCGUGACCAUAAUUAAGGUCUGACUUUCCAAAUUAUAUCUUCCGUCUUGCAUUGGUCCUAUAUAUAUAUAUAUAUAUAUUUCAUGCAUUCCAUUGUAUUUGCCACCGCAUCUUCUUCUCUCUGUCUUCUCCUAGCCUAGUUGGUUCUUGAAUCUUCCCUGACGCUUCGUUAGCUUGAGACCACCAUCAUCAUCAUCACCAUCUCUAAUGGCUGAUCAUGUUCUGACCCGUGUUCAUACGCUCCGCGAGCGCCUUGAUUCCACCUUGGCUGCUCACCGCAAUGAGAUUUUGCUGUUCAUGUCAAAGAUUGAGAGCCAUGGGAAAGGAAUCCUGAAGCCUCACCAGCUCCUGGCUGAGUUUGAGGGGAUCUUUAAGGAUGAAAAAGACAAACUGAGAAAUCAUGCCUUUCAAGAAAUCUUGAAAUCCACACAGGAAGCGAUAGUUUUGCCCCCAUGGGUUGCGCUCGCCAUCCGUUUGAGGCCCGGUGUGUGGGAAUAUGUUCGUGUCAAUGUUAGUGCUUUAGUUGUGGAGGAGCUGACUGUUCCUAAGUAUCUGCAACUCAAAGAAGAGCUCGUUGAUGGACCGUCUGAUGGUAACUUUGUUCUUGAAUUGGAUUUUGAGCCAUUCACUGCUUCCCUUCCCAAGCCCACCCUUACCAAGUCCAUUGGCAAUGGAGUUGAGUUCCUAAACAGACACCUUUCCGCAAAAAUGUUCCAUGACAAGGAGAGCAUGGUUCCUCUCCUUGAUUUUCUCCGAGUUCACCAAUACAAUGGGAAGACGAUGAUGCUAAACGACAGAGUCGUAGACCUAAACACUCUCCAAAAUGUCCUAAGAAAGGCAGAGGAAUAUCUAACCACACUCCCUCUAAAAACUCCAUUCUCUGAAUUUGAAAACAAGUUCCAAGCAAUUGGAUUGGAGAGGGGUUGGGGUGACACUGCCGACCGUGUGUUAGAGAUGAUCAGAAUGCUUUUGGAUCUCCUGGAGGCUCCUGAUUCGUGCACUCUGGAGAGGUUUUUGGGAAAGAUUCCUAUGGUUUUCAAUGUCGUUAUCCUUUCGCCACAUGGUUAUUUUGCACAGGAAAAUGUUUUGGGAUAUCCUGACACUGGCGGUCAGGUUGUUUACAUUCUUGAUCAAGUUCCUGCAUUAGAGAGGGAGAUGCUUAAACGCAUCAAGGAGCAAGGACUUGAUAUUAUCCCAAGAAUCCUCAUUAUAACUAGGCUGCUACCAGAUGCAGUUGGAACCACUUGUGGUCAACGCCUAGAGAAAGUGUUUGGGGCAGAACACUCCCACAUUUUGAGGGUUCCCUUUAGGGAUGAGAAGGGCAGCAUUGUACGUAAAUGGAUCUCUCGUUUUGAAGUCUGGCCAUACAUGGAGACCUUCAUUGAGGAUGUUGCGAAAGAAAUUACUGCUGAGUUACAGGCCAAACCAGAUUUGAUCAUAGGGAAUUACAGUGAGGGUAACCUUGCUGCCUCCAUACUGGCUCACAAGCUAGGCGUGACACAGUGCACAAUUGCUCAUGCAUUGGAGAAGACGAAAUACCCAGACUCAGAUAUUUACUGGAAAAAGUUUGAUGAAAAAUAUCACUUCUCAUCCCAGUUCACAGCUGAUCUCAUCGCUAUGAACCACACUGAUUUCAUCAUCACCAGCACCUUCCAAGAGAUUGCAGGAAGCAAGGACAGUGUUGGACAGUACGAAAGCCAUAUGGCUUUCACAAUGCCUGGAUUGUACAGAGUUGUUCAUGGCAUAGACGUUUUCGACCCCAAAUUCAACAUUGUAUCUCCAGGAGCCGAUAUGAACCUGUAUUUCCCUUACUAUGAGAAGGAAAAGAGACUCACUGCCCUUCAUCCCGAAAUUGAAGAUCUCCUAUUUAGCAACGUGGAGAAUGAAGAGCACUUAUGUGUGCUUAAGGACAGGAAGAAGCCCAUCUUAUUCACCAUGGCCAGACUGGACCGUGUGAAGAACCUGACAGGCCUUGUUGAAUGGUAUGCCAAGAACCCAAAGCUGAGGGAAAUGGUGAAUCUGGUUGUGGUUGGUGGGGACAGGAGGAAGGAAUCAAAGGACUUGGAAGAGCAAGCAGAGAUGAAAAAGAUGCAUGAGCUGAUAAAGACCCACAACUUGAAUGGUCAGUUCAGGUGGAUCUCUUCUCAGAUGAACCGUGUCAGGAAUGGCGAGCUGUACAGGUACAUCUGCGACACAAGAGGGGUUUUCGUGCAGCCGGCUUUCUAUGAGGCGUUUGGGCUGACUGUGGUUGAGGCCAUGACUUGUGGUUUGCCUACUUUUGCAACCAACCAUGGUGGGCCAGCCGAAAUCAUCGUCCACGGAAAGUCUGGUUUCCACAUUGACCCAUACCAGGGCGACCAAGCUGCCCAACUCCUAGUUGAUUUCUUUGAGAAGUGUAAAGAGGACCCUUCUCAUUGGGAAACCAUUUCUGCUGGUGGGCUGAAGCGUAUACAGGAAAAGUACACUUGGCAAAUCUACUCGGAGAGGUUGUUAACUUUGUCGGCAGUUUAUGGGUUCUGGAAAUGUGUUUCUAAGCUGGAUCGCCUUCAGACGCGUCGCUACAUUGAGAUGUUUUAUGCCCUCAAAUACCGCAAGAUGGCUGAAGCUGUUCCAUUGGCUGAAGAGUGAAGAGGAGAGAUGAUAAAGGGAUGGGGUGCUAGACAAAAUAUUUAGUUGCUUUGUUUGAAUAAGAACUAUGUGAUUGGUUUGGUUUGGUUUAAUCAUUGUUUACUUCAUUUCUUAAUUAUCAGUAUUGCAGUCUCAGUUCUUUUGUUUGACAUAUUACUGAACAAAGAACCAAAUGGCUCUGUUGCUGUUGCUUAUUGAGAGAGUUUCAUUAAAUUUCUAAAUAAUGCUUCAAGUGUUUA